AUGGAGGAUUUCAAAACGAAUGAUGGGGUUACGAUCAAAUAUAUUGAUACGGAUCCUGAGAAUGUGGGUGGUAAGGAAUGCUUGAUUCUUCUGCAUGGUUUUACGGGCUCAUCUGCCGUCUGGCAACGCAAUAUCCCUGCUUUGUCACAAAAAUACCGAGUUCUUGUACCAGAUCUCAGAGGCCACGGGGGGAGCGGAAAACCAAAGCAUGGGUAUCAUGUGAGUCGACUCGCAAUGGAUUUGCAUGAACUGACGCAACAAAUCAUCAAAUCAUCUCCCAUCAACCCAAACGCCACGCGAUCAGAAAAGAAAUUCCUUGCUAUCGGUGGUAGUCUUGGAUGUGCAAUUUUAUGGAGUUAUGCGGAACUUUUCACGACGGCAUUAUUCAAGAAAAUGAUCUUUGUAGAUCAAAGUCCUUUGCAAAAUUCUACGUUGGAUGGUUGGGAUAGUCGGUUUUGUAAUCGUGGGAUGAAUAAUCCAUGGGCGAUUGCUUCUCUUCAGAAGACUCUUGAGUUGGCACCAGAUGUUGCACAUCGUGGGACUAUUGCCGCUUGUUUGGGUUAUCGGUAUGAACCUCAGACAGGGAGUAUGAUGACGCAGAAGGAAAUGGACGAGGAUGAGGCAUUCUUUUUAGGAGAAGCACUUAAGGGGGAUGGAAGAUGGUUGGGAAAAUUGAUGGAAGAUCAUACUUCUAAGGAUUGGAGAGAUGGUAUUCGUGCUACUUUUGGGCCGGAUAGUGGGAGUCAGACAGAGGUUUUAGUGGUGGGGAGUACUAUGAGCGGAUGUUUUCCUGCCGAAGGAGUCAUGAAGAUUGUGGAGUUUAUUAAUGGAGAAGAGGGGAAGAGUGAUGAAAAGUCCACGCAAGGAAAGGCUAGAGGGGUAGUAGUUGAUCGGGGUGGCCAUUGGUGUUAUUGGGAGGAUCCUCACGGGUUCAAUGAACUUGUUCUGGGGUUUUUGGAGGGGAAUUGA